AGAUGCCCCCAGAUCCAGCGAUGCGGAACCUACCAAUAUCGAGACCCAAUUCCUGGCGGCCAAUGCCAUCGGCUAUAGCCUCCACGAAAUGAGGCCGUCCUCGAUCCUCUGGCAAAAUGAGGAAAACAGUGUCGUGCUACUGGAUCUUCCAAGGUCAAUUGAAGAAGCCCAGGUUCCUUCCAGUCAGCUGGCUGCGGAACCCCACGGGAAGCUCCGCAGGCUGAUCUCAACGCUGCCGCCGGCGAGCCCCUUCCCGACUCCGGAGCCCAAGGCCGGUGGGUCCGGACAGCCGGGUUUGCUCUCGCCUGCGGCGCAAGUAACUGAACUCAUGACCACGGCAGCUGCACAGUCAGCUCUGGACGAAAUUGGAAAAUGCUAUUCAGGCCCCUGGUGCCUGCCCCGUCUCUGUUCUCAACCAGAACACAAACCUCGGGCUCCGGACCACAGUCCGCGUGUCACUCCACACCAAUCGCCGGCAGCCCCGGCCGAGCUUCCUCCUAAUCCCCAUCCCACACCCGGUCCCGAUCAGCCGGCGGACCAUCACCAGCAACCCCAGCAUCAAGAGAUUCAAGACCGCUACCACCUCCCCGCAGCCUCUCACUUCCUGCAAGGCACGAUCCAGUCCCAGCGCGCAGCCUUCCUCCGCGCAGCGCCAAAAUUCAACCUCAUCAUCCUGGACCCGCCCUGGCCGAACCGCUCCGCAAAGCGCAAGCGCGGAGGCUGCGGCAGCGGCAGCGGCCGCGGCAGCUACCAACCGGCUGCGGACCUGCGAUCGAUCCGCGUGCUGCUCUCCUCGGUCCCCGUGGCCGCACACCUCGCCGCCGACGGGCUCGUGGCCGUGUGGGUGACCAACGCGCCGCGCUUCACCGACCUGCUGCUCCGCCCGUCGACGUCGUCAUCGUCGCGGCGGGAAGGAGGAGGCAGUUCUGGCGGCGGCGGCGACGGUGUGUUUGCCGAGUGGGGCGUCGAGCUGGUGGGCGAGUGGACGUGGGUCAAGGUCACGACGGGAGGGGAGCCAGUGGUGGCUAUUGACUCUGCGUGGAGGAAGCCGUGGGAGCGGCUGUUGAUCGCCAGGAACAAGGUAAGCGGGAGAGGAGGGGUUGGCGGGCCGGGAAAGGCAGGGGCGGUGCGGGGGAAGGUGAUUGUCUCGGUGCCGGAUGUGCACUCGCGGAAGCCGAAUUUACGGGGACUGUUUGAGGGUGAGGAAGGUUUGUUGCCUGAAGGCUACGAGGCACUCGAGGUGUUCGCCAGGAACCUUACUGCCGGGUGGUGGGCCUUGGGGGAUCAGGUACUGCAUUACCAGCGGAAGGAGUGCUGGGUUGAAGAGGACGAGGGCGGUGGGACAGGGAAUGAUCUUGAUCGUAAUAGUACAGUGUAUUCAACUCUAGGGCAUAUAAUACAUCCCGCCUCCUUGGCUUGA